AUGACUAAAGAAUCAAAGCCUGUGGUUAGAGUAUGGGCUCCGAGAAGGAAGACGGGGUGUAUUACAUGCAAAGUCCGACGCAUCAAAUGCGACGAAACCAAGCCCACCUGCCAAAAGUGCUCAACCACUGGACGCAAAUGUGAUGGUUACGCAUCAGAUAUCUCUCCUAAUCUCCCAGUCUCCUCAUCGUUCCUCAAUUUACCCAUCUCCCCAUCACUUUCCCCUGCGCCAUCUCUCCACCAACCCUCCGACCUACGAGAAAACCGCGCAUUCGACCACUUCAUCACCAUCACAGCCCCACAACUCAGCGGCCAUUUCUCUCCCAAAAUUUGGCUGCAGUACGUCCCCAGGCUCAGCAUCAACCAACCCGCAUUACGCCAUGCGGUUAUUGCAAUUGCCGCUAUCCACGAGGGCUACACACGUGGACUGCAAAACCCAGAGCGGAAUACUCAUUUAGAGGCGUAUUCGUUUGCGUUAAAGCAUUAUUCUUUGUCUAUUACGAAUUUGCAGGAAGUUAUUGCUACCGGGGAUAGUAGUAUUGAGCCGAUUUUGUCGUGUUGUGCGCUUUAUGUGGUUUUCGAUAGUCUACGAGGGAACUACGCUGCAGCUGCUACGCAUCUGAAGGCUGGUAUGAAAUUACUUGCUGACUACCUAUCUAAUACUAUGAGGAAUAAAACAGAAUCAGGAGAGCAGAUAGUGCGGGCUUUUACUGCGCUGGGGUUACAGGUUGGCACAUUUAUUGAUAGUGUGUUGCCGGAUGAUACGACGAGUAUCUGGACGCACAUUGAGAUUAUCAAUCGUGGCUUCAAACCAAGAUUCGAAACGGUUGAUGAUGCUAGACAUGCGUUGAAUAUGAUUCUCAAUAGAUUCAUGGCGUAUCAUACACAUCGUCGAAUUCAACUUGAGUCCCAGAACACCGCUACACAUACUACCAGCAUCAAUACCACACUUCCCGACAUCCUCCAAGACCUCACCCGCUGGUCAAGAUCCCUCGAUGCGAUCAUCCUCAAACCCCGCGCCAACCUCUCCGCAACCGCGCUCAAAGGCUCCGUCCUCCUACAAGUCCACCACGCAUCCCUCUCCCUCCUUGUACACACCGCGGUCCUAGAAGCUUCCGGAUUCAGCCACUUCAACUCCACAUCACUAUACGGGAAAAUCGUUUCCCUCUCUCGGACUCUGAUAGUGGGGGACACGGCAAGUAUAUCCUCAGAUCUCGGCCUCAUCGGUCCGCUUUUCGCUACUGUUUCGCGCUGUACGGAUCGGCGGAUUCGGUGUGAGGCGCUGGAGCUUUUGAGGGGGGUGCCGAGGAGGGAGGGGAUGUGGGAUGCGGAUGUUUUAGUGCGUAUCACGAGUGGGAUGCUGGAGAUAGAAGAGAGGUCUGAUGAAGAUGAAAGGCAGAAGAUUGUGGCGGUUAGGGUUACGAGCGAUGAAGAUAAGAUUGGGGAGUUGGCGGAUAAAGUGGUCGUUGACCUGGACUACGAUCGAACGGAUUCAGCAGGACGGAGGGUGGUGGGAACUAAGAGGGUGUAA